AACUUUUUGAUAUUCAACCUCAGCACUCCAUCACCCAACGUCCAGUCGCCAUCACCGAGUCGCCAAUCCGUCAAAAUGGCCCCCCAGAAGAAGAGCAAGAAGGAUGCCAACAGCAUCAACUCCAAGUUGGCGCUUGUUAUGAAGUCCGGAAAGGUCACUCUUGGAUACAAGUCUACCCUCAAGAGCCUCCGAUCCGGCAAGGCCAAGCUCAUCAUCAUUGCUGGCAACACUCCUCCUCUCCGCAAGAGUGAGCUCGAGUACUACAGCAUGCUGUCCAAGGCCCCCAUCCACCACUUCUCCGGCAACAACAUUGAGCUCGGUACCGCUUGCGGUAAGCUCUUCCGUUGCUCCACCAUGGCCAUCCUCGACGCUGGUGACUCCGAUAUCCUCAGCGACCAGCAGGCUUAA